AAAUACGGAGGUUAUAGUUUUUAAUAGUUUAUUGUAUAAACAGUAUGCAGUAUACUGUGUUACUUAUUGGUGGUGGUGGCAGAGAACAUGUUAUUGCUUGGAAACUUUCACAAUCUUCAUAUGUAAAUAAAAUUUAUGUUUCUCCUGGAAACAGUGGAAUUUCGUCAGUCGAUAAGGUUUCUUUGAUAAAAUUAAAUGUUAAAGAUAAUAAAGAGGUAGCACUAUGGAGUAAAAAUAAUAAAAUAGAUUUAGUAGUUAUUGGUCCAGAAGAAUAUUUGGCUAAUGGAUUAGUAGAUGAAUUAAAAAAUGUAGGAAUUAAUUGCUUUGGCCCACAAAAAACAGCAUCUAAAAUUGAAGCUGAUAAGUAUUGGGCAAAAAAUUUUAUGGAUAAAUAUCAAAUUCCUACAGCAAGAUGGAAGGGAUUUACAAAUGCAGGAGAAGCAAAAGAAUUUGUUAUGAAUGCACCAUUUCCAGCCCUUGUAAUAAAAGCUUCAGGUUUAGCAGCUGGAAAAGGAGUUCUAGUAGCAGAAAAUAAAAAAGAAGCAUGUAAAGCAAUAGAUGAAAUUUUAACAGAUAAAAAGUUUGGAUCAGCUGGUGAUUCAAUAGUUGUGGAAGAAUUAUUGGAAGGAGAAGAAAUUUCUGUACUUGCAUUUACAGAUGGAAAAACUAUUAUACCAAUGGCACCUGUACAAGAUCAUAAAAGAAUAUUUAAUGGAGAUACAGGUCUAAAUACUGGUGGUAUGGGUGCUUACUGUCCAUGUCCAUUAUUCAACAAAGAAGAUAAUAAAAUAGUAAAAUCAAAUAUCUUACAAAAAGCUAUUGAUGGUCUUGCACAAGAACAAAUUCCAUUUAUUGGUGUACUAUAUGCUGGAUUGAUGUUAACAAAGGAUGGUCCAAAAGUUCUAGAAUUUAAUUGUAGAUUUGGAGAUCCUGAAACACAAGUUAUAUUACCAUUGUUGAAGUCAGAUUUAUUUAAUAUUAUGAAGGCAUGUUGUGAUGGUACUUUAACUGAAUCCCAAAUUGUAUGGGAAGAAAAUUUGUUUGCUGUUGGUGUCAUUUUGGCUUCUCGAGGAUAUCCAAUAUCAUCAUCAAAAGGUCAAGUUAUAACAGGGAUUGAUAAUGUUUUGAGUAAAACAAAUCAAUUUAUUUUCCAUAGUGGAACAGACAUUUCUCCUAAAGGAGAGUUAUUAACUAACGGAGGAAGAGUUUUAAUUACUGUAAGUUUAGCACCUACAUUGGCUUUAGCUGCUGCUAAAGCAACAUAUGCUGCCCAAAGUAUUUCAUUUGAAGGAAAGCAGUUUAGAACAGAUAUAGCACAUAAAGGAAUAGCAAGGUCUAUUUUACACCAUGGCCAAUUAACAUAUAAGAGUAGUGGUGUGAACAUAGAAGCUGGAGAUUUGUUAGUUUCAGCUAUUAAACCAAUAUCAUGCUCGACAAAACGCUUGGGUACAAUGGGUUCAAUUGGUAGCUUUGGUGGUUUAUUUGAUCUAAAAGCUAUUGGUUAUAAAGAUCCAAUUUUGGUAUCUGGAACUGAUGGCGUUGGAACUAAAUUAAAAAUAGCAUUUGAAUGCAAAGAGCAUAAUACAGUGGGUAUAGAUUUAGUGGCUAUGUGUGUAAAUGAUAUUCUCGCACACGGUGCAGAACCGUUAUAUUUCCUCGAUUAUUUUGCCUGUGGUAAUUUAGAUGUCAACGUAGCUAGAGAUGUUAUAAGUGGAAUAAGUGAAGGUUGCAAACAAGCUGGGUGUUCUUUAAUUGGUGGAGAAACAGCAGAAAUGCCAGAUAUGUAUUCUAAUGGAGAGUAUGAUUUAGCUGGUUUUUCUGUAGGAGCAGUUGAAAGAAAUGAUUUACUUCCACGUAUAGAUAGCAUAAAACAAGGUGACAUUAUAAUUGGUCUUCCAUCAAGUGGUGUGCAUAGUAAUGGAUUCAGUUUAGUUCGAAAAAUUUUGAAAUUAGCAGAUAAAAAAUAUUCAGAUAUAGCACCUUUUUCCGAAAAUCAAACAAUUGGUGAGGAAUUGUUAAAACCCACAAAAAUUUAUGUGAAAGGAGUAAUUUCUGCUUUACGAACAAAUUUAGUAAAAGCAUUUGCACAUAUUACUGGAGGAGGUCUGACAGAAAAUAUACCAAGAAUUUUACCAGAUGAUAUGGGAGUAAUUUUGAAUGCAAAAAUGUGGAGAAUUCAACCAAUUUUUGCUUGGUUAGCAUGUGUAGGAGGAAUUAAUACAGAAGAAAUGUUACGAACAUUUAAUUGUGGCAUUGGUGCUAUUUUAAUUUGUUCAGAAAAAGAUAAAGAUGAAGUUUUAACUAAAUUACAAAUAGAAAAUCCUAAAAUCAUUGGAUAUGUAACCAAUUAUAACAAUAAUCAAAUUAGAGUAAAUGUCAGAAAUUUUGAAGAAGUAUUAGAGUUAGGAAUGAAGCAACAUAUACCAGAGAUCAUGUCCAAAUUAAGUAAGCCUUUAAAAAGAGUAGGUGUUUUAAUAUCUGGUAGCGGAACUAAUUUACAAUCACUUAUCGAUGCAACACGGGAUUCAUCGCAACAUAUUGGUGCUGAAAUUGUUAUAGUCAUAUCCAAUAAACCAGAUGUUGAAGGACUUAAACGAGCAGAAAGAGCUGGUAUUAAAACCAUGGUUAUUAAAAACACUGAUUAUCCUAAUCGGGAAAUUUUUGAUGAAGCAAUAAAUGUUGAGCUUGAUGCUGUUGGAGUUGAAAUAGUGUGCCUUGCUGGAUUUAUGCGUAUUUUAUCAGAUAAUUUCGUAAAUCGAUGGUGUGGUGCUUUAAUAAAUGUACAUCCUUCAUUAUUACCUGCGUUUAAAGGUGCAUAUGCACAUAAAGAUGCUUUAGAAGCCGGAGUCCGUAUUUCAGGAUGUACAGUGCAUUUCGUUGAUAUUGCUAUAGAUUCUGGAGCAAUUAUUGAACAAGCAGUAGUACCUGUAUUACCACAUGAUACUGUAGAAACUCUUCAAGAGCGAGUAAAAAUAGCCGAACAUCGUAUUUUUCCACUUGCUUUAAAACAUUUGGCUACAGGAAGGAUACAGUUAAAAGAAGACAAUACUAUUAUAUGGAAUUAUUAAAGUUAAAAUAUAAUAUAUCAU